AUGGAGGAGUCUUUGGAGGGUGGUGCCACGGUGCUCAUUGUUGCCGCGUACAAGGGCGAUGUCGAGGUGGUCCAGCUUCUUUGCGAGCUCAAGGCAGACGUGAACCGUCCUCAGUCAGAUCACGCUUCUCCACUCUUCGUGGUUGCAGAAAAGUCCCACCUGGAAGGUGUGACCGAGUGCUUCGAGCUUUGCUCGAUGCCGGCGCUGAAAAGGACGGCCGGUACUUUCAGAGAUCAUGAUACCAGUGAAAGUGACUCCGACUUCCUACUUCUGCAACAGGACCAGGCAACGCAGCGGGGCACUCAGAGCUGGGUGGGGGACUUCUGUGAUAUCUGGGUCACAGUCCGUUAA